AUAAACUCACUUUUUUUCAAGGGAAGCGUUGUGAACGGAAAGUUUCCUUUCUAAUUAAAGCGGAUAGGGACGAGAAGUGCCACAUCACAAUGUAUACGGAGUACAAACGGAUCAAGAUGAACGUUGUUGUUUUUGCAUUAAAUGUAGCGGCUGUGGUCGUCUGGUGUGCCCCACGACGUUGCGAACCUGGAGACGAAAUUUUAGGAAGAUGCAGAGCUUCAGAUGAAGCCAGGUGCACGGACAUGAUGCUGGGCUACUGCGACGACAUGCCGUACACCCGGACCAUCUUCCCCAACCUCCUGGACCACCGGAGCCGGGAGGAGGCGGAGGCGGGGGCGGAGUACCUGCUGCUGAGCGUGGUGGAGUCGCUGCUGAAGGGGGAGUGCACGCCGGACGUGCGCAUGCUGGGCUGCUCGGUGCUGGCGCCGCGCUGCGAGCGGGACCGCGCCCUCAAGCCGUGCCGCAGCUCGUGCGAGGCCGUGCAGCGCAGCUGCGCCCACGCCUUCGAGGCCAUCGAGAUGGCCUGGCCCUACUUCCUGGACUGCGACCGCUUCUUCGUCAGCGACGAGGAGGGCUGCUACGACCCCCUGGAGGGGCUGAGAGAGAAAGAAGAGGCGGUCCUUGCUAGCGUCUCCCCAGAAGAGCCUGGCACCAUCAUCCAGUUCAUCUACCACACGAACGCGCAGAUGAUAAACAUACUGAAGAAGACGGCUGCGAUGUGCCCCGACAUCGCCUCCACCUACAGCAUCGGUCGGAGCGUGGAGGGCAAAGAGCUUCUGGUGAUCGAGUUUUCCAGUAACCCGGGGCAACAUGAGUUGCUCGAGCCGGAAGUGAAGCUCGUUGGCAACAUGCACGGGAACGAGGUGCUGGGUAGGCAGCUGCUGAUCUACCUGGCCCAGUACCUGUGCUCGGAGUACCUGCUGGGGAACCAGCGCGUCCAGGCGCUCGUCGAAACCACCCGCAUCCACAUCCUCACCUCCAUGAACCCCGACGGCUACGAGCUAGCCUCCUCAGAGGUAGAGGGUAGCAAUGACCCAGACAGCGAAGAAGGUCCCUGGUACAACGGGUGGAUCACCGGACGGGCCAACGCCCAGAACCUUGACCUGAACAGGAACUUCCCUGACCUGACGUCCAUCGUUUACAGCAGACGCAGGACGCGGCGUUACCGCACCAACCGCAUCCCCAUCCCAGACUCUUACUGGUCUGGUAAGGUGGCUCCAGAGACGUACGCUGUGAUGAAGUGGAUCCGGUCCAUCCCCUUCGUGAUCUCCGCCAGUCUGCACGGGGGCGAGCUCGUCGUCUCCUACCCGUUCGACUUCUCCAGACACCCGCUGGAACACAAGGUUCUCUCCCCCACCCCGGAUGAGCAGAUAUUCAAGCAGCUGGCCAGGACCUAUGCAGAUGCCCAUGCCACCAUGGCCAGUAACGAAACUGACAGAUGUGGUGCCUCGUUUGCCAGUAAAGGUGGCAUAAUUAAUGGAGCCGAGUGGUACAGCUUUGCGGGAGGAAUGGCUGACUUCAACUAUCUUCACACAAACUGCUUUGAGAUCACAGUUGAGCUGGGCUGUGACAAAUAUCCUGUGGAAGAAGACCUGUACACCGGCUGGCGGGAUAACAAAGAGGCUCUGUUGAGCUUCAUGGAAUCAGUCCAUCGUGGUAUAAAGGGAAUAGUAAAAGACGAAUAUGGAAAUGGAAUCAAAGGAGCGAGUAUUUCAGUUAGAGGAAUCAGGCAUGACAUCACAACAGCUGAAGGUGGGGACUACUGGAGGCUCCUGACCCCGGGCAUCCACAUCCUCACGGCCUCGGCCCCCGGCUACACCAGGAUGAUGAAGAAGAUCUACCUGCCCGCGCGGAUGCAGAAGGCCGGCCGCGUGGACUUCGUGCUCAAGAUGGCCAUCCUGGAGCCCGACGUCGACUACUUCAACCCGCCGGCCAUGGGCACCUACGACCGCUUCGACCCCUUCAACCAGUUCGAGCGCUACACCCGGAGCGAGCUGGGGGUGAACGGGGAGGAGAGGCAGGAAAAGCCCUGGUGGUGGGCCUACUUCGCCCAGUCGGGCAACUCCGUCCCCACCUGGCUCCUGCGGAACUAUUAGCGCCGCAGGUAGAACCGCCGCGGUCACCUGCAGCAGCCCCACCUUCCUGCCGAUAAUCUCACGGCCCCGAGGCUUUCUGCCAGCUUAAUGCACAACCGAGACCCUCAGAGACGCUGUGUAAGGUACACGCUUGAUCAUUAACGAGGCCCGACAUCCUCUUUCAGUCCUUGACUCUCUGUGCACAGUGCGCCUACUCCUUUCGGUUUUUAUCGAGCAAACCUUUUCUUGCAUUCUGACGCCACUUUGUAUCACGUGCCGCUGAAGGUUUCUCGUCCUCUGGCAGGUGGAGGAUGGAUUUUGUUUUGGUAUUUUUGUCUCUUUAGUAUUUAUCUCGCUUCCUUUUUUUGAACUACCAAAUUGACAGCCCAGUCAUUUGCCUUAAUUGUUUUAUUUAUUAUUGUUAUUUUUUUAAUGAUUGAAAUGAAGAUGACAAAAAUUGGCAGGCCAUAGAAUGUUAUUGACAGAAGCCGCAUACACCACAAAAAAAAAGUCUGUCUUAAGUUUUACAAUAUUAUGAGACUUAGUCUUAUUUUUUCACUGAAGUAGGAAAUGUUAGCGUGUUUUUUGCAAGUGAAUUCAUCUUACCCCAAUAGCAAGUCUUGAAAUGAAUAUAACUGGUUCUCCUCAUUGGCAAUCUUUCUGUCUUUUUUGCAAAAAAAUUAAGAAAUAAGAUUUUAAGUCGAAAUAUAAGACUAAAAUACUUAAGAUUUACUUUUUUACAGUAAAUUUCCCCUCUAUACACAAAAGGUUUUUAAAUGUUUCACAGAAUGGUUUCAAAGCAAAGGGACAGUUUGGGAUAGGAUAUUUAGAUUGUCUUCCUUAGCUAACCAUCUUGUAUCGUUUCCUGUAUAUUUGUGUCAAGAGUUAGCCAUCUCCUUCCUCCCAUUUGUUCACAAAAUGCCAUUACAGGCCACUCCAUCCCUCAUAAGAAGGAAGAAAGAGAGUGUUUCAUAUAGUCAAGAGAAUAUAAAGGAGAAUUUCUCAAACACA